UACGUUUGAAUUAAAUUUGAUGGGCAGGAAUGGAGAAAGAGAAAAAAGAAAAGCAUAAGAUAGCAUACUAUAUAGAGAAGAUAUUAUUAAUAAAAUGAAUGAGAGUGGGUAAUAGUGUAAAUAAAGGAGAAAGCAGGGAGAAAUGUGAAGGAUUGAGUGCAUAGCAUAAUAAACUGUGGAAGCAUAGCGUUGUGUCUGGCCUUUCCUGAUAAGCCCGGUCAUUGUUCGAAUGGGGAACAUCACCUUCACCUUCACCCACAACUACAACCACCCUUCUUCUUCUUCUUCUUCUUCAAGCUCUUUGAACAAACAACUACUUCAUCUUUGUUACUCUUGUUUUUGUUAAACGAGGUAUAGUGUUUUCUCUUACAUAAAAUAUCUCUCUCUUUCUUUCUCUCUCUACAAACUACGCAAUUCCCAUAUACCCGGAUAUUUUCUUCCACUUUCUUUCCAUUUCUCACCCACCAGAAAACCCUACAGCAUUCUCUUCUUUAGAUGUGCAGUUUCAGAGACACAAAAUUAAGUGCACAACAAACUCCCAAUUCAGUUCAUACUACACAAGAUAUAUGUUAUACCAUGCUAUGCUCAGGUAGACAGAUCUGUGAGCUGUGGGAGGAAAGGAAAGCGCUUGAAUUGUGAAACUGAAAAGUAUCGAUCAAGAUAGCGGGUUUAUCUUGUUUCUUUUUGUGUCCUUGGUUGAGAGCUUAACACCUGUCACGAAAGCCCACCCAACAUUGUUCAAAGGAGAAAGAAGAGAAAGCUACAAGUACAGGGAGAAGGAGAAGGUAAAAGGAGGGGUGUGGCUGAGAUCGAAGACGCUUAAAAACAAAGCAGAAAGAGUUAGAUUGAAGGUAUGAUUGUUGUGGCAUGGAGGAGGAGGAUGAGAUCCAACCACAGGCGUGUAAGUUCCCCAGGCUCGCUAAUGGCAGGACCGACCCCACCAACAACGCCAAGAUAGGAGCAGCCUGGCACCAUUCCUCCAGGAUCAUAAGGGUUUCUAGAGCUUCCGGCGGCAAAGAUCGCCAUAGCAAGGUAAUGACCUCUAAGGGCCUCAGAGACAGAAGGGUCAGGCUCUCCGUCACCACCGCCAUUCAGUUUUACGACCUCCAAGACCGAUUGGGCUAUGACCAGCCCAGCAAGGCCGUGGAGUGGCUCAUCAAGUCUGCUCAAGACGCCAUUGCCGAGCUUCCAUCCUUGAACACCACCUUCCCUGAAACCCCGAAGCAACCGAGCGACGAGAAGAGGGGCGGUGCAGGCGCCGACGAUGCGGACAUAGAGAUAGAGGAGCAGCAGAAGCAGAAGCAGAACAGCCAGAAUAUGUCACUUUCGAAGUCGGCUUGCAGCAGCACCUCAGAGACGAGCAAGGGGUCCGGGUUGUCCCUGUCUCGGUCGGAUAUCCGCGUGAAAGCGAGGGAGAGGGCAAGGGAGAGAGCGGCCAAGGAGAAGAAGAAAGACAAGUGCAACAACAAUAACAAUAAUCAGCAUCAGAAUAGCCUUCUUCAUCAUCAGCAACAUCAGCAGCAGCAGCAUCACAACAUGAACCCAAUUUCUCCUUCGUUUACUGAGCUACUCACAGGUGGCAUCACCACUGCGGUUCCAACAACAACUAGUCCUACUUCUGAUGAGCCUGCUGCUGCUCUCUUCCACAAAGCGGCAAGGCAACAACAGCAGCAGCAGCAACAGCAAUGGGGUUCAGCACCCAUGGAUUACUUCAACCAGGUUCUCGUAGGCCCCUCUUCAUCUUCAAGAACCCACCAACACCAACACCAGAUCCAUACCCUAGCUGAGGCCAUAUCCUUUAAUAAUGAUCAGCAGCAGCAGCAGCACCACUACUCCUUCAUCCCUGAUCAGUUCAUGCCAGCUGUGGUUACAUCCUCUCACUCUCAUAACCAUCAUCACAGUGCUGGCGACACUGAUUACAACCUCAACUUCACCAUUUCUCCGGCUUCUGUAUCUGCUGCUUCUGCCUCUGGCCUUGCUGCUUACAACAACAAUAGGGGGACCCUUCAGUCCAAUUCUCCGUCACAUUUCUUGCCUCACCUCCAGAGGUUCUCGCUGCCUAUGGACGGAUCCACUGUUCCUUUCUUCAUUGGAGCUGCCGCACCCACCGCUGCUCCGCCUCCUGCCAUCGACAACCACCAACACCAUCAGUUCUCAUCACCCGCAUUUGAUGGCCGCUUGCACCUCUACUACGGCGAUGGAACCCGCCAUUCCGACCACAAGGGCAAAUCCAAGAACUCAUGACCUUCCGGCCACUACCCUGGACUCGGAAGGUCGAGUAGGAGGAGCAAGGCGUGCGUGCCUGAGAGCCUGGCUUCACCAAAAUGGAUGAUGAUGAAUUGAUGAUGAUACAAUGUUGGCAUCAUCAUGUGUUGGGGUUUCUUGUGUUGGAUCAUUUUGAAGUCAUUCAAUUACAUUCAGUAUUCGGAUAUAAUAUAUAUAUAUAUAAAUUGGUCUAUGUGUGUAACAUCAUUGUGUGUUUUAAGGAACUUGUUGACUGGAGUUAUUCUUUUGC